AAUACAUUAAUGUUCUGUUCAGUCUGUGACUAACGUGACGUGCGCACGGCUGUUUACUAAACGAUGUGUAAAAUGGAGUAUUCCGUUAUCUUCGUGUUUACGUUUGUGGUCAGCUACGUCAGACCGGAGUGCCUGCUGUCGUUGAAAGAAGACUUUGGCAGCCCCGCGCCGGUGCUCCUCCAUAACAGCAGUCUGCUGGCACCCACCACCGAUGGACACGUGGCGCUACGUCGCGCUGACACCAUCACCGCCGCGUGUCCUGGCCGGGGCAAGUUCGUGGUUCUUGGCGACCAGCUCACAGAAUACACCACAAUCAGUCUCCAGUGCGUGUCGGCAACAAACUUUAAAGACCCGGCGUCAGGAUGGAGCGGCACUCUCGAGCAGGUGAGGUGCAGUGCGCCGCCCUGGUACCAGGCCGUGCCCACGGGCCGGCUGUGCCACUCCAGGAACAAGAUGUACCGAGUGGGGUACAACGUGUCGAACACGUUCUACCCGCUUUACGAGCUCUGCUUCGACCACGGCCGCCUCACCACGCUGUUCUCCAAGUACCAGCUGUCUCCUGGCAGCUACUACGGCCAGAUCGCCAAGCGGCCUGCCUUCAUCGAGGGGGGUCUGUUCGGCAAGGUGAGCAUGUCGCGGCUGUACAAGGUGGAACACCAGCGCAGCCGGCUGCGAGACAUCCUCGGCGAAGGCAUGGAGCACCGCUACAUCACGCAGCAGGAAUUCCUGAAUCGCGGACACCUGGCAGCUAAAGCCGACUUCCCGAUGUCUGCAGAACAGCGAGGGACCUUCCACUACGCCAACGCGGCGCCGCAGUGGAUGAGGGGCAACGCUGGCGACUGGGCCGCUCUCGAGGAGGCGGUGCGGCGUCGCGUGCGGGCUCGUAACGCGACGCGGGCAGUGGCGGUAUACACGGGCACAUUCGGCGUGUGCACACUGGCUGACAACCGCGGCGUACAGCGACCCGUCUACCUCGCCACCGACGAGAACAACAACGAAGUGGUGCCCGUCCCGCUCUACCUCUACAAGAUUGUACACGACCCGAGCGACAGUAGCGCCACAGUCUUCAUAUCCAUCAACUCGCCGUAUUACAAUGAGUCCACGCUGGAGCAGCUCUCGUUCUGCCAGGACGUGUGUUCGGGAGACUCUCGCUUCUCCUGGCUGAGGUGGAGGAACGACGGCACUCACAGCUUCUGCUGCGAGUACCGGGACUUCGCGAAGACAAUCAACGUUAUACCGAAAAUAAAAGUCAACGGGUUGUUCUAUUAAACGUGCGCCAUCAACAGUUUA